AUGAUUGGUCUGAGUGAGUCUGAGCUUGCAGUUUGUUUCUUUUUCAAAUUUGUUAUUGCAACAAUAACAUAUCUUCAUGGGAUAUUUGAAGAAGAGAAUUAUCAAGUUAAAGAAGUUGGAUCGAUUAGAUGUAGAGAAUUAGUAAAAGGGGUAUCUAAAGAAGCAGAUACUCUAAUUCUGUGGAUAGAAGAAGGAGUGAUUAGAUUUCUCCAACAAGGACAACUAGUCACUCUUUUUUUCAAUAUUGGGAAUCUUACUUACUCAUUCAGAUGUCAAUAUGGAUUUGAAUCUAUUCCAACAAUGAGUAUAAAUGAUUUUGAAAUAAAUAGUUCCAAUAUUUUUGAUACUAUCGUUAGUUUGAUUCUAAAAUUGGAACAAAUAAUCCAAUACCAAAUUUUAGAAUUUAAAGGAGAAAAGGAAAUAUCGUUCAAUAUAGAAUAUCAUGAGGAUAAGGAGAUCAAUAUCCCUUCUAUGUUUGAGAAGUUAAAUAACAAUUUUGAAAUGAAAAGGAGAAAGCCAAAAUUGUUAUUAAAUGCUUUAUAUUCCAAAGUAUCUAUGGAUUAUACAAUGACUUACCCGCCUAUAGAUUCAAAAGUAGAAAUUGAAAUUGCAAUUAAAAAUUGUGAAUGUGAUACAAAUAAAGAAUUGACUCCUGACAAGAUAUUGAAUAAGAAUAAUAUUGACUAUUGUAUAAAAUGUUCCAGAUGUAUACACAAUUACUGUUAUGGUAAUUUUACUUCUAAAAUAUUACAAAAGGAUAAGACGUGUUAUACUUGUAUGUUUCCUCAAUCAAUUCCAAAAGAUUUGAAACUUUUAAUGAGAAUAAGAUUUUUAUGGAAGUAUAUUUCAGAAAUAGAUCUUCCUAGUUCAACCAAUGAAUUGAUCGAAUUGUUUCAAAAUGAUAAGGAUUCAGUUAUUGAAGUUCUUAAUACUAUGAUUCAACAUAAUAUCUUGGAAACUCUGAAACAAGUUCAUGCCGUUAAGGGGAAAUUGAAGACAAAAACAAAAUUCAUCAAGAUUACAGUUGAUGGUUGAUGGAAUUCAGUUUGAAUAUGAUCAACCAAUUCCAAUUGAUGAGAUUAAGUAUUUUAUAUUCUCACCUUAUGCAAUUCAUAAGUCAGUACCCAAUUUAAACUAUGAAUUGGCCAAGAAAGAUCAAGUUUUCCCCUGUAGAACAACAGUACAAACUGAAACAAGUAUUUUACAAGAUUGUACGGAUUUUUUCCAACUGAGAGAGCCAUUGAAAGAUAUUACAACUGCUAAGAAGGAUAACCUUGAUUCUGCUGCCAAUCCAGUACAACCGGAAAAUACUACUACCAUUAAACCACAAGUAUCGAUGGAAGAUACAUCAUUAAUAAUGCAACAGCUUGUAUCCACUACCCCACAUUUAAAUGAGCCAGGAGUAAUUUCACAAUUGAUGGAUGCAAAUAAACUUUCACACGACGGCAAUGCUCGAGAAGAUAUAAAGAAAUAUAUGACUAAUGAUAUGUCGUUUGAAGAAACACUUCAUAUUCUUUCUCAAGUUCCACCUAAAAUUUGAAUGGUUU